AUGGUACCAAGUCAAACUAUAGUAUGUCAGACGCCAUCCGAAUUAGAAUUACUUUUGGAAAUUAGUGAAUUGGAUCAUUUAAAACCAUUAUUUAUUAAUAAAUAUUCAACAUCAGAUGAUUUAUUAGAAAUUGACUUAGACUCUAUUAUUGAAAAUGUCGCCGAUUGUCAAAAAUUAAAAUUAGCUUUACAAGAAGUGAAUUCAUCUUGUCCAGCAGAUGAAUGUGAAGCUGAUUUAGAAUUAGAUCAAAUUGAUCAAGAUUUACAACGGAUAGAUGCCUAUAUUGAACAGAUAGUGCAGUCGACUAACAAUCGAAAAACAUUUAUUAAACGGCAUACAACAACCAUUGUUGCUAUAACAGCUUUUGUAGCUGUUAUUGGUUGUUUUUUAUUUAUAAAAAGAAAAAGAUGA